AUCAGCUUUGAACUCUCUCUCUCCCUCUCUCUCUCUCUCUGCUGACCAUGGCAAAGCAAGGCAAGGGAUCUGCUCCAAAAGAGAUGCCUGGCGCAGAUGACUCCUCGAAACCUGUCCACGUGAUGGAUCUAAUCAAGCAAUUCGACUUCUUGUCCAUUGGACUGACCGGCAAAAUCCACUGCGCUCUGACAAACCGGGACCUACCUCUCAACAGCACCGCCGUCCAUCAGCAUCUCAACAGCAAGAAGCUGAAGAAAGAGAGGGAGUGGUAUAACGCCGACUUCAGCAAGUACGAGCCGUUUGUUGUUGCCCACAAAACGAACCCGAAGUUGCUCUUCUGCACGCUCACGCGCAUCGAGCUCAACCGGAUCCCCAAGGAGGUGGAGGCUCACGUCAACGGCAAACGGUACGGCAACAGAAAGGCAGAGAUGGAAGGGUUGAAGCAGGCACAGAGGCAGCCGCUGGGGGAGGAUAGCGAGGAGGAGGACCAGGAGGAGGACGGUGCAGAAAUUUGGGUACCUACCGGGGGCGCAGAAGCGAUGGAUGAAGACGGCGAGUCCGACCAGGAAGAGGACGAAGAGGAGGAAGAUGACGAUGACGAAGCAGAAGAGGGAGGGGCGGGGGGCGGAGUGAAGCGGGCGCCACGACGAGAAGACAAAGACCAAUCAGCUGCACGGGAAGGGAGACAAAAAACGAGCGGCAAGAAGGGUAAGGCUGACAAGACCAAAAGGAAGGCGGAAGGAGGGCAGGAGGAUGGCGGCGACGGCGGGCAGCAGAACGGAUCAUCGUCGGGCGGUCAGGGUGCCAAGGGACAAGCAGACAAAAAAAAGGGUUGCGCAAAAAGCAAACAACGGGGGGGUAAGGGAGCCGCCAAGUUGGCGGCCAAGAGCCCGAAACCGAGCCCUCGCUCGGACGAUACCCCAGCGGUUUCGAAAACGGUGGUGAGGGAUGCCGCGCCCGCCUCGUCGCCCUCGUCUAGCUCGAAAAAGGCCAAGAAGAAGGCGAAAACUCCGAAGAAGAGUGCAGGGGGGGAGGCCCCACCGAAAGAAAAUGGGGUUGUUGGAGGUGCGCCCCCGGCAGCGGCGCAACCCGCCGCCAAGCGAAAACAUAAGGUCUCUGACGAGCCGACAUCCAGCGGCAAGAAGAAUAAGCGAAAAUCUUGAUUGGCACCACUGGCAGGCUGUAGCUCGAUGCUGGAGAAGGAAGUGGUUGAUGGUAAAAGUAUGGACACAUCCAGUCGUGGUCGAUGAACGUAUUUCCAACACUUAUAUGCAGAGAGCUUCUUGUGGUCGUGAGCCGUGGCGCAAGUCCGCAAGAGUCUAGGUCUUACCCCGGUGAGGUUUUUCGGGUAUCCGGGCUCCCGUGUUUUCUGGUCCAUGCAUGUAGAGCGGCAGAUGUAUUGAAGCUACCAUGGGUGGGGGGUGGAGAACACAUGUCUACUUUAUGGUUCUGACAUCCUGACCCGUGUCUCUGUAGUGGAUGCAUGCAAUCGCUUGGCAUUUGUUUGUGUGCGUUUUGAGAGGACAGACCGUACACUGUGAUGGGUAUGUCUUGUUGCUCAGGGUUCGGUCUUUCGGUCUGGUGUUGAAAUCUGAUUCUCAUCGAGAUCGACGAUGCAAAUUCAUUGAUACGGACGCC